AUGCUGCAAAGAAGCGCUCGCAGGCUUGUGCCCGCGCUCAGUCGCCGGACAGUCGCUGUCCGCCAAUACAGCACACCGCCAGACAACCCAAUCCCCGCAAACGACCCCAACGCGAAAGAGCGCAACCCUCCCAUAUCCGGCACCAAGAACCUCCCGACUGUGUCGAUGGGAAGCAGAGAUGCGGCAUUGAUGGAGACUGCGGCAGAGGGUGAAGACAAGCGUGUACAGCAGGCACCGAACAGGGCGACGACAUGGAGCAGGAGCCAGCGGGAGAGGGCAAAGGCCAUGGUUGGACCGAGAUUUGAGCAGACGAUCAUGGAAGAUCAGCCACGCCCACUGGCAGCCAUCGAGCUGAUCCACCAACAACCCGUAAACUGGACCAAGCAACGCGUUGUGUCCUGCGACGGAGGAGGCGGUCCUCUCGGCCACCCCAGAAUCUUCAUCAACGUAGACAAGCCGCAGAUUUGCUUCUGCACAUAUUGUGGUCUGCCAUUCGCCCACGAGCACCACCGCAAGCACCUUCAAAGCCUGCCCCACACAUCAUACCCGCUGGAGCCACAAAGCAACGCAGCGGAGAUCCCCGCAUCUCAAAUGGCUGAACUGGGAGGAAAGACUGGCUCGGACUCGAAGCUUCAGAGUGUCACUGGAAAGGUUCUCGAGCAGAGGUAG